UAUAUAAAAACUCUCCUACCAUUAUCAAACAAGACUAGACAUAAUGCACACUUAUCAGUUGGAAAGUAAUAUCUAUCAAUACCCAAACAUUCGGUAACAAAAUGUGUUAUAAAUUAGUGUUCUGGUGUGUUAUGUGUGUUUUACAAGUAUGUGAGAGUGCUAAUAUAUUGGGUGUGAUCCCUACUCCUUCAUACAGUCAUCACGUAUCCUUCCAACCUGUUUGGAGGGAAUUAUCAUUAAGAGGUCAUAAUGUCACUAUAAUAACUGCUAAUCCGAUGAAUGACCAUGAAUUAACGAACUUAACUGAAAUCGAUAUUAGUAAUAUCUAUGAAUGUGUUGAAAGAUACAAAGUAUGGGAGUUAAUGUCAGGAAAAAAUAUAUUGUCCUCAUUAAACACACUCUUCAAAUUCAUUUAUGACUUCGUAGAAGUUAUCUUUACAAAUCCCAGAGUUCAAACACUUAUAAAAGACCCUAACGUUAAAUUCGAUUUGGUUUUCUAUGAGGCUUCGGCACCUGUGUGUCUAGCACUAGCUCAUAAAUAUAAAUGUCCCGCUAUUGGCGUUCAAUCAAUGGAUACUCUUCCAACAAUACACACAUCAAUGGGUAAUCCAACCCACCCUUUGGUAACACCUGAUUAUAUACUUAAAAUAGAGGAUGUUGAAAAUAUGACAUUUUUGGAUAGAUUGUCGGCGUGGUUCUGCGACUUCUUCAAUAAAAUUCUAUUUAAGAUUGUAAUUUUACCACUUAUGAACGAUAUGAACAGAAAAUACUUUGGUGAUGACGUUCCCGAUGUAAAUUCAUUAAUGCAUUUAACUGACAUGAUUUUCGUAACCACCGACCCUAUUUUCCACAACAUGAGAGCUGUUAAUCCUAACACUCUAACUAUUGGAGGAGGGUUUCAUAUAAAACCACCGAAACCGUUACCAAAGGUCUUGAAACAAUACCUAGAUGGAGCCAAAGAAGGCGUGAUAUAUUUCAGCCUUGGUUCCAACGUGAAAGGCAAUUUUUUGAACGAGCAAAGCAAAAAAGCAAUUAUCGGCGUCUUCUCCCAACUCCCCUACAAAGUAUUAAUGAAAAUCGAAUUGGAAAAUUAUAACGUACCUCAAAAUGUCAAGAUUGGAAAAUGGUUUCCUCAACAAGAUAUUUUAAGGCAUCCAAAUAUAAAACUUUUCAUAACACACGGAGGGUUGCAAUCAGUGCAAGAAGCUGUGACUAAUGGUGUACCCAUGGUUGGAAUACCAUUUUUUGGUGACCAAUAUAAUAAUAUAUUUAAAGGUGUUAAAAAAGGAUUUGCCGUCAUAGUCGACAAAGAAAACGUCACGGAGGAAUCUUUUAAGGAAGCUCUUUUGGAAGUAUUGACCAAUCCAAAAUAUAAAGAAACAACGAUGAAAAUGAAGGAAAUAAUGUAUGAUGAGCCAAUGACAAGUUUGGAAAAAGUAGUCUGGUGGACUGAGUAUGUUUUAAGACACAAAGGAGCAAAACAUUUCAAAAGUCAUAUUCCACAUAUACCAUUUUAUCAGUAUUAUUUUAUUGACGUUUAUGGGGUUGUUAUUUUGAGUCUAUCAAUUUUAAUUUAUGUAUUUUAUAAGAUAUUUUGCUUACUAAGAUAUUUAUGUAGAAAAAUGUUUGGAAAAAAUAAAACGAAAAAUGAUUAAGUUAUUGUUUCAUUUAUAGUAUUGCUCAUUUUUUUAAUUUCUCUAACGGUUCCUAAAUUGGGAUCUACUGUAAAAUAUUUGUUAGCACGUUUGAGUGUAGUAUUUCAAGACUAUUUCUAUUAAAUCAAACAAAUUAUUUUUGGUAUCCAAUAUAUAGACAAAGUUUCCGUGCAAUAAUAGAAUCAUGUUAAAGAUAAUUUCUUGUUAAUUCAAGUUAAAUAACUCGCAUAAACGCUAACCUUAAAUUGCGUACAUUAAGACGCUUGCGCUUCUGUGGUAUUUUUAGAGUUCACGCAUAAUACAAAUAAUCGUUAUAAAACUCUCUAAAAUCAUUAUCAAACAAGAAUAGAUAUAAUGCACACUUAUCGGUCCGAAAGUACUAUCGGUCAUUAUCAAAACAUACAAUAUCAAAAUGAGUUACAAAAUAGUGUUGUGUUGUAUUGUGGGUGUUUUACAAAUAAGUGAUAGUGCUAAUAUAUUGGGUUUAAUCCCAACUCCAUCAUACAGUCAUCAAGUUGCCUUCCAACCAAUUUGGAGGGAAUUAUC